CAAUAAAUCUCGAGUCCAUCCACGUGUCAGAAGAAUAUCCUCCUCAUCUCGGAAGUCAUCCAGAAACAACACAAUCCAAGCUGGGCAAGAGUUUUGCAAGUCGACAAUAAUGAGUGCAGCUAUAGCUUCGAAUUGCUGUUCCCUGAAGAACACAGUCGAUUACAAGACGUUUGUUGGGGGUUCCAGAUUAAAGAGGUCGUGCAGUAUUAAUCAUUUUUUAAAACCCACCAAGAAUUCAACGAGAUUUGUGGUCGCUUCUUCAGGCAACACCGAAACUGCUCAGCUCACUCAAGCUAGGGGAAGAUUUUAUUUCAAUAUCACCGGAUUUCCGUUCCCUCUUGGUCCUUUUCUCAAUAGGCGCACUAUCAGGACUGAGGCUGUAAAAAAUGUCAUAUGGCUCUUCGAACAAGAGCAGGCACUGGGAUUUAGCAGUGUAUCAACAAAUAUACGCAUGACUGUCAUCAAGCUUAAAUCUGGAGGAUUGUGGGUCCAUGCUCCAAUAGCUCCAACCAAGGAGUGUAUUCAGCUAGUGAAGGAGUUGGGAGCUCCAGUAGAGUGCAUCAUCCUGCCUACAUUUGCUUACGAGCAUAAAAUCUUUGUUGGUCCAUUUUCCAGAAAGUUCCCUCAAGCUCAGGUAUGGGUGGCACCACGUCAAUGGAGCUGGCCUCUAAAUUUGCCACUUGAGUUUUUUGGUAUUUUUGGUUCCAAAACAAUAAAGGAUGACGAUAUUUCAACUCCAUGGGCUGGUGAAAUUGAGCAAAAAGUUCUCAGUUCUCCUGAAGUUGGAAUUGGGCCAUAUGUGGAGGUUGCAUUUUAUCAUAAGCCCUCCAGGACGCUAUUAGUGACAGAUGCUGUAAUCUUUGUUCCAAGGCAGCCACCAAAUUGUAUUAGUAAGGAAUCACUUUUAUCAUCAGCAAAGAAUGGCUUAGCAGUUAAAAUUCUCAGCAAAGGCAAGGAAGUCUCAGAUGAACCAGUCGUUGACAACAAAAUGAACCGGCAAAAAGGGUGGGAGAGAAUGGUUCUCCAAAUACUUUUCUUAGGACCCUCAAAUCUUCUUGAGCCCAAUUCCAGCUUUGCUCAAAUGUCGCAGAAGUUGAUUGUUUCACCAAUUGUGAAGACAUUGGUUUUCAGCAAAGUUCCUGAAAAGGUGAAAGAUUGGAUAGACGGGAUUGCAAGGGACUGGAGGUUCAAAAGAAUAAUCCCUGCCCAUUUUUCUGCUCCAAUAAAUGCUAGCAGGUCAGACUUCUUAGCGGCCUUUGCAUUUCUCGAUGACCUUCUGGAUGAUCGUUAUGACACUCGUCCGUCACUGUCUCUUCUCUUUGCAUCGCUAAUGGGAAAGGCUGCAAGUUACUUUCCUCCAGAUGACAUGAAAACACUAUCAUCUCUAGAUGAUUUUUUAGUCUCGGUUGGAGCAGUGAAAAAAACUGUUUCUGGUCGGAAGAGAUGAGAAACUAGAAAUAACACAAAUUAGUUUUUCUUGAGCUACUAUAUAUGUACGUAAUACAAAAUAAUAUUAGUAAAAAAAGGAACGCUAAUAAGCAAAUAUAAGAUAUUAGCUUUUAUUAUGUGUGAGUAUAAAAAAUGAAAAUUUACUGUUC